AUGGAUUCGUCGGAGAAGCAGUUGUGCGCGGAAUCUGAAAGAAUCAAGAAAACUGCAUUUUUAUCUGUAAGUGAUCUACUUGAUUUCCUUUCCAGCUACUUUUUCGUUACUUUAGGUAGCUGUAUCUACAUUUGUAGUUUUCUGUUCGGUAAUCAUGCUUCCGUUAAUAUACAACUACGUACAAACCCUUCAAACUCACAUGAUGGAUGAGAUUGAUUUUUGCCGUGUAUGUGUUUUGAGUUUUGAAACCUAGAACAGAAUUGAUUUGUUCAGACCAAAUCGCGAGAUCUUUGGGUGGAAGUCGUCUCAGUUGAUACCGUCUUGAGUCGAGGAAAACGGACGAUAAGAUCCGCCGACCGUGCGAAGCGAGAAUGGAGUUUCGGACAAUACUUCGAUAGGAAUCAAAGAGGUGAACAAGUGAUGACUUUCAAACUGUUCUUUAACUCGAUGUUUUCAGCAACCGGAACUGGAUCAGGUUCAUCCGGCGGCUAUGGAACUUAUCCCCCCGCGCCAACUGUUGCUCCACUUUACGGUGAUUAUAAAGUUGCAGCUAUUGAGGAAUUCCAGCCGGCAGCAUGUGAGCAACAUCUAAACUGUUUUCCGUGACAUUUGUAUCCCACUCUAGGUUGCACAUGCCAACAAGGUCCAGUAGGACCAGCGGGCUUGCCAGGAGAUGAUGGACAAGACGGAGUUGAUGGAAAAUCUGGAGUGGACGGGCCACCAGGAAGAGAUGGAGUCCUUUUGCCACCGCUCGGCCAGGCACCAGAACCAUGUGUCAUUUGCCCACCAGGACCAGCGGGACCACUUGGAUUCCCAGGACAGAAAGGCCCAACCGGUCCACGUGGAAGUCCUGGUCUCCAAGGACAGGAUGGAAAAAAAGGAGAACAAGGAAUGCCUGGACCACAAGGUCCGACUGGAAGGCCAGGAAGACCAGGCCCCAAGGGACCAAAAGGAGAAGACGGAAAAGUUAUUAUGGUAAUAGUUGACUGUGGUUUUUGUUUAAAUGUACUCACGAAAUUGCAGGUUGCGGGACCUGCGGGACCCGCUGGGCCGCCGGGUCCAACUGGAAUUCCUGGCAAAAGAGGAUCCAGAGGAGUUGAUGGAUUGCCGGGACCGCAAGGAGCUCCGGGACAACAAGGAGAUUCGGGGCCUCCAGGACCGGACGGGAAAGAAGGAUCGCGUGGAGAGCGAGGACCUCCGGGACCUGAAGGAGUCAAGGGCUCCUGUGAACACUGUCCUCUCCCGAGACUUCCCCCAGGAUACUAA